GUGGUGAGCUCCGACGUCCUGCGGGAUGCCCGCAUCCUCAUCCUGCACACGGGCCGCGACUUCUCCUUCGACGACUGCGGCCGGGCCUUCACCUGCCUGCCCGUGGAGGAGCCCGACGCCACAGCCGAAGCUCUGGUCUGCAACCUGGACAGCUUGCUGGAGACCAUGACGAACCGGCUCUGUGUGGGCUCCCCACCUGGCGUGUGGGUCUGCAGCACAGACAUGCUCCUCACCGUGCCCUCGGCACCAGGGAUCAACUGGGACGGCUUCCAGGGUGUCAAAGUGAUCGCGGUGCCCGGGAGCCAGGCAUACGCCAGGAACCACGGGAUCUACCUCGCUGAUGAGCAGGGGCUGGUGCGUGAUAUCAUCUACAAAGGCUCAGAGGCCCAGAUCCGGCAGUGCGCGGCGCCCGACGGCACCGUCCCACUGGUCUGCGGGGUCGUUUUCUUCUCCUCGGAUGCCGCCGAGCAGCUUCUGGCCACCCAUGUCAUCCCUCCUCUGGAUGCCUGCACCUACAUGGGGCUGGACUCGGGGGCCCCACCCAUGCAGCUCUCCCUCUUCUUCGACAUCGUGCUGUCCAUGGCAGGGGGGGUGACGGAGGAGGAGUUUGUCAAGGGUGGCAGCGAUGCCAGCGUGAGGAGCGCCCGCUCUGUGCUGAGGACAACUCUGGGCACCUUCCCUCUUAGCAUGG